GAUGUGCAGAUUUAAGGCCAUCACACAUAAAAUCCCGUAAGGUUGUAAGACAUAAGCGUAAGACGUAAAACGUAAAGUCCAUCACACACAGAUGGCGUAAACGUAAACUUCAACCAGAAAACGCGAAAAAGUUCCAUGCGUUGAUGAUUUUUGGCCAUAAAAUUUUAAUUGGAUCACUGGUUAUUUGUUGAGGUAAAAAAACUGCAAAGCGAUGAAAAACGAGGAUAAAAUAUUUACAGUAUUAUUGAUUCUGUCCAUGGGUUUACUUGUUUUGCGAAGGAAAAAAUCACAGAAGUGGUUGAAUCGUCAAUGGUGGCUCCGACCAAUUAAUCAAAUGCGUCCUAAUCAAGGAGAUUUUUGCCAUCUGCUUCAAGAAAUGAAAGAUGAUCCACAAAUGUUCUUCCGAUAUACAAGGAUGACAGUGCCAAUUUUUGAUAAAUUAUUAGAAAUGGUGAGACCGUUUUUAAUUAAAACAAGUCACAGAGCUUUGGUACCAGAAGAACGUCUCGCUAUAACACUAAGAUAUCUUGCAACGGGAGAUCAGGUAUUAUCAAUCGCCUUGGCUUAUCAUAUCGGGGAGUCAACAGCAUACAAUAUCAUAAAAGAAACAUGUAGCGUCUUAAUAAAAACAUUAGCACCUGAUUAUCUUCGGCCUCCAACACAAAAAGAAUGGAUCAAUAUCUGUCAUGGCUUUUGGAGAGAUUGGAAUUUUCCAAAUUGUGUAGGAGCUGUAGAUGGGAAACAUGUUUAUAUACAAGCACCACCAAACUCUGGGAGUUUAUACUACAAUUAUAAGAAAACUUUCAGUAUCGUUUUGAUGGCUGCAUGCUGUCUC